AUGCACGGCAAUCCGAACCCUCGCCACGAGACAAUCAUUGCAAGUCCAAGCUCAAGUACACCGAUAUACGACGAACAGUACCACAAGACUCAUGGUGAUGUCAUGGAGUCUCUAUCAUUGAGGAGAGAUUUAUCUCAACCAGAAAAGCCCCCUUUUGGCGUGUGGUGGACGUAUACUGUUGAGGAAACUCUCAUAUGGCCGAUACUAGAGUUCCAGGGCAGUGUUAAUAGCAGCCUGGAUGUACUUCUGGAAUAUUCUGACGAGGAAAGCGACGAUGAAGAUACGCGCAGUUAUAGGGACGAGCAUCCCCUUUCGAAUCCCAAUAAACGCAGGCACAUCGCCCCCGGCGGCGUUCGAAGCGGCUUAGACGACGGCACCGUAGUCCCGGAGCUGAUAGAAAGCUUCCUAAGAAAUGUGCACUCCAGAUUUCCGAUCCUCGAACCCAACGAACUGCGAGCUCGAGCAGCCAAUCUUGUAGAGAAUGGCCUCGACUGGGGCGGGAUAACAUGCCAAGUUUUACUGGCAUGUGCGUUGGGUUCCAUCUCUUCUCCUUGGGACAUUUCUGAUUUAGAGAACUAUGACCGCCCAAAGCCAUCCUUGGAACGAUAUUCGAUGGCACGAGAUUACUUCAGUGCCGGGCAGAAACGCCUCGGAGCUUUGUGUACACAAUCGUCAUUGACUGCAGCCCAGUGUAUGUUCAUGGCAGGUACAUUUCUCUUGUACCUGCAGAAGCCGGUUGCGGGAUGGCGCUUGUUGAAUAUGGCUUCCACCACAUGCCGCGCGUAUAUUUCCAAGCGAAUUGCCCGAGAGACGAGAGGCGAACGUCCGAGACACUCUCGCAGCAUGGAACAGCGCCUCUGCUGGAGCUGUUUCAAAGCUGAGCGCGAGGUGGCCUGUGAGUUUGGGAUGGAGACGGCUGGAUUGAAUGUGAUUGCAUACUCGACCUCCUUGCCCACCCCGCCCAAUGGAUACGCGAGCGAUAUAAAUGGAGCGUCAUCACACAAAGCAGUCAGCCCUGAAGGGCUUGCGCCAUUGCCUGUUCCUCACGAGCCUUACGAGGAUCAGUCGUGGUAUUUCUUUCUUACCGAAAUCAUGCUUUGCAAGCUCGAGAUGCGCAUCGACAACUUCUUCCAGGACAAGCGGCGGGAAGCCUAUCGCUCCGCUGGCAGCGCCGCAGAAGUCUUCUUCCAGGGCUUGGUUGAAGCGCUGCAAGAGUUCAGAUACCAAUUAUCGUCUUAUUACGAGUCGCUACCCCCUGUCAUGCGGUUUCCCUUGGACGAUUUUACCCCUUGCGAAGAUGAGCUUCGACAUUACCUUCGAUGGCGUCUAUACAGUGUCAAACAUGACAUAUGCCUGCCGGCUCUAUAUGCUUUGCUUCACAACGAUAUCUCGAGGUGGCCCCAUGCACUGGUCAACAACUUGAUCGAGUUGGCCAACGCAUGUCUCAAGUUGGACGUAAUCUUCCAGAAGACCGCCGUCACAGCAUACAGACACCACAAUACUUGGCUGGGAUUAAGGAAGGGUAUCAGAAGCGCUUUGAUCCUGAUAGCCGCACGGAGACUGAAGUCGCAGCAUCGGGCUGGACUAGAGAGACUGCAGGUGCCCGACGAAGAGACAUGCAGGGAUGGUGCACGCGCCCUGGUAAGAGCUCUAGAGUAUUGGUCGGCAGAGUCAAGGGACUGCGCUUUCAAUUUGAGGAUACUUCGGAACCUACAUUCAGACUUUCGGGUUUGA